AUGAAAGGUAACCCACGUGCGCAUGAAUCCGUGUACGCGUCAUCGCUGGCGUCAAGCGUGUCACAAGUCCCGCUACUCCCGCAGGAUAGCAGUACCGGCCCCUGGCGAGUGAUUGCCGUCCCGCGCCACGGCGGCGGUGCCGUUGUGCAGUGGCAUAGAGACAGUCGCGAGGUCAAGGUAACAGUGGGAGAUGCAGCAGCCCAUCGCAGUUGGGUGAGUGCGGCACGCCUCUUCGCCAACCCGAACGCAGACACGGUGCAACUGACAGUCCUGCACUCCGGCCUCCGCGCGUACAUCGAUGGCCAGCGCCUCCUGCGCAUCGGCUCUCCUGUGGAGGUGCAGGCAACCCAACGAAUAUCCUUCGGCGCCGACCCGACUUCCUACGCGGCAGUACCGGCCCCACACAACCUCAGCCCAGGAGCACGUGCAGCCUGCACGCCACCACCGUUGGCGACACCGGUGUAUUCGGCGGUGGUCAGCCGAGAGGGGCAGAUCGCGACAGAGAGACGGCAUGGACAGGAGAUGUCAUCAUCCUGCACGCCGCGGUCCUCGCGUUCGUCGCCCUGCCUAGACUACUCUCUGCUACCGAUGUGCUUUGACAAGGAGUGUGUGCGUGACUCGGCCACAGCCACCUCACCGUCUCCAGAGGCACUGAAGGUGCGUGUUGCACCAGCGAAGAUGGGAGCGCAGCAGAACUCGGCACCGUGCAAAGCAACAUCAGCAUCCCCGCUUCUGGCAAGACAACGGGCCUCAGAACCACACGGGCACACCCUUGCCGGCGCGUCGCGUAGGAUCGCCGUCACGACUACCUCUGUUGCUGAAGAUGUGAAUGCUGUUCGGCAGGCAAGGAAGAAAUGCGCCAUCAGUGCAACGCUGACGGAGAAGGCAUCAACCGGCCUCUGCGUAAAGUGCACUGCGACGGUGGCACGUUGCUCUUCGGACGCAGUAGGUACUGCCACAGGCGCUGCUUUACUGGUCGUCUACUCGGAGGAAGAGCGGGCCGGGGCCGCGGCGUGCUCACCGUCACUGGCUCUCCCUUGUGAGCAUUCUGCCAUACCCCCAUUCCUCUACGGCGAGGCGGCUGAGUUGGAGCGGCCCAGAGUCAAGGCUCUGUGCAGAGCGCUCGAGUGCGAGUCGCGAGCGCGCACUCAGCUCCACACCAGGCCUUGCUGGACCUUGGACCCCGUCACCAACGUGCGCUCCCCAGACUGGGAGGUGCUACACGCCAUGCAGAGUGAUGCACCACCACUGCGAUCACACGGCAUCUACCAGCUCAGCUGCGGCAGCGUCGGCUUCGAUGAUGCGAUGAUGGCGUUUCGCAGAGACCACGCUGGUCCCCCGGCAUCGUCAGCAAGGGGGGUUGUGCAACGUCCACGGCCACUGAGGACGCACUUGCAACGACCCGGCGUAGCCCCGCUUCGUGUAUCACAUCACUCCAGUGGCGCGUUCUCGUUGCAGUUCACUGAGCGCACCUCCAUCGAUGCGGAAGGCGGAGGCAGAGAAACGGAAACGCACGCGCGGUUACUCUCAGGGGAUGAGAUGGCCACCCAGCCCUCCAGCGUCUUGAGUAGUGGCCUCGCCACUGCAGGAAAUGCUUGGCGGAGUCCACAUAUAUGGGAGAGGCUGCACCUGUGCCCGCGCAUGACGGUAAAUCCCUUUAUUGUCGAAGCGUUCGGUAAUACGCAUCGCUAUAGGCCGCUGGCUCAGCUGAACGACACGCAGAACGCGGAUAGCAGCUACAACAGCGCCAAGAGCAGCGGUGGUGAGGCUUCAGUUGGCGUCUUCGACCGGUUUGCUGGUGUGCCAUGGCAGCACCCGAUCAUCGCCGAUGAGAUCGUGACCCCGCGAACGGAGGGGUUUCUGCGCGAUGUCUUGCGGCGCCACCCUGACUCGACGUCGGCGGCCGAGGAUGCGGCCUUUCUGCACUGUGCCAUGCGACGCUCGUACGACGCGGAUACCGAUCGCUUUUCCUACGUGGACUCACCGACAUACGUGCAGGUUAUCUUCUCGCGGUUUUCCACUUUGCUCACGGCUGUCAAAGCGCGUCUGCGGGAAAGUCGUCCAGUCUUGCGCCUGUCGUCACCGCUGCUGUGCGGCGGUGACUUAUUAGGCAGCUUCGCGGACCUGCUGGUGCUGCUCGACAGCGUCGCCUACUUUGCCCACUGGUCCACGAUGCACACGCCGCUGCUGCUUCUCGGUAACUACGUGGACGUUGGCUGGCACAGCGUGGAGGUCUGCGUGCUUCUGUGCUGCUGGGCGUAUUUACAGCCAAGCAAAGUGCAUCUCCUUCGUGGCCCUCACGAGGAUCCUGCAGUGAACGGCAACUACCGCUUCCUGGGAAAGCGCUGCCUGCGUUAUAAGUGCCGGCAGCGCUUUGGCUCUCGCAGGGGCAUCGCCCUGUGGACGCAGCUGAACGACGUGUUUGCUCUGCUUCCUGUAGCGGCGGUGGUUGAUGAGCGGGUAUUUGCCACGCACGGCGGUGUCCCACUGCUGCGUGCGUCGAUGUCGCCGGGUGGCGAGGAGGGUAAAGGUAUUGCCGUGGGGCACCAACGUGGCAACAAAGCGCCAGUGCAGAGCCUGUACACCUGCACCUCCGCCUCGCCCACCCCGACCGCGUCGAAUACAAGCACUCUGCUGCCCUUCUCGCCCCACACGGGAGCAGGCGUCUCCUCUGUGGAAUGGCUGACUGCCUACGCGUAUGAAGGCGCGGGCGUCAACGUCAUGCAGGGCGUGCGGCUAGCGGAGCUCCAUUCCACCAGCACACCGCAUCACUGCCCUCCGACACCCGUUAUGACAAAAUUACCCGAUACUAGUACAGAGGGGUAUGCCGAGGUGCAGAAAAGAGCCGCCUCGGCCGGGCUGCUGCCGCUGGAACCGCUCUCCGGCGACCCAGUAGACGAGAGCGACGGAUGCCCGACAGCCAGCACAGAAUGUGCAGCAACAAGAGCUGCGGCGGUCUCCACCACGGAUCUUCCGUCUUGGUCGACGUCACCGUGUGACACUACACCACUCCCUCACCUGGGUGUGACGGGGCUGGCACUUGAGAGCAGGUAUGAAAUCAACGCUGCAGUUGUGCUGUCACCCGAAACCACCGAGGCACGCACAUCCGCGCCGCUUUCGCCCUCUUCUCGGACCACCAGCCCGAGACCCAUCACCGCUGCUGCACCUUACGACCUACAAAAACCCUCGCGAGCGGCCUCUGUGUGCAACAGGACAUGCACCGCAGCAGACAAGUUCCAGAGCGUUGCGGAGGGCGGUCGUGUCACCACGAAGGACUCUACUGGGACGUCUCACGAGGUCGCCUCUGCUCCUUCACGGUCGCCGUACGGCGACAUUUCACUAGGCGGAGCGCCCACUCAAGUGAGCGCUCCGCCAGCAGCAGCAUCAAACUCUCCGGUAGCGUGUUCUUUCGCCAGCGCGUGCGGCACCAACUCUGGAGUAUGGAGCGCGCAGGGACACGAGGCCGACAGAGUGUCGCCUUCCACGCACGCCUCGGUGGACGAAGAUGAGCCGUCCGAAGACGACUUUGACGCCCUUCUUGCGGCCAUGCACACGAGUGAGUACGCCUUUCGCACCCUCCAGCGCACAAUCGCGUUGGAAGGCGGAGGUGUAACGCGGCGCUUCCGGCUCGUUCGCGAGCUCCUAUGGAAUCGACCUCGUGAGGCGGCCGCUAAACUGCUCAUGCCUGAGGAAGAGCUGAUCGGCGAUCGUAGGGACGCACCAGCGGUGCUGUGGUGGCGACCCCGUCGAGUAGAGGGCUGCUGCUGCUGCCCUGCUGGCCGCGCGCAUCGCUGCUGCCGCACCUUCGGCUCUCGUGCUCUCAUUCAUUUUUUCCUCCGUUUUCGCUUUUCCCUGUUGAUUCGCGGAGCACCGGAGGACCCAACGGAGUUGUAUGGAGCUGAGCUGUCCGAAGAAGGCCGUCUGCUGACACUCAAUACGUGUCGGAGAAGGUGCAAGAUGGCGUUGCAGGCAGCGGCGUGCGUGAUAGAGUCUCAGAUGCUGCGUCUUGCCACGUGGGGGCCUCAGGAGCUUGCCGAUUCACUCGGCCAGCAGUCACUGAGCAGUCUCCCCGGCGUUCAAGAGGCCGAGGCGACGCGGGCUGACUUUCAGCAGUUUGUGUGCGAUGCGAUGCGCGACCACCACAUCGUCGGACCAGGCGAUCAGUGGAGUGUGCUCUCGGCGUACAAGGCCUACAAGCAACAACAAAGCGCGGAUGGCACAUAG